GCCCACCCUAGCGGUCCCUCGCGAGCCCUGCCAAUCCGCGGCCGGGUGUAAAGUAGGGCAAGCCGCUUCCUGGUUCUCAGAAAGGAGGAGCUGGAAGUUGGAGUGGGCCAGCGAAGUCAAACAGGGGGGGUAAACAGUCUGUGAGCCGGCGGUCUGCAGGGAGGCGGUAGAGAGAGUGGGAUCAAAACGACCGACACAGCAGGGAAAGGGGUGUUUGGCUUGGGUAAAUCUCCUCGUGUCCGCUCGGGUUGUCGAGGUCUCUGAAAGGGGACCCGCGCGCGCGUCGACCCCCGGCCGCGAGCCGUUUGAGGGGGAGACUCAGGGUGUGACGGAAUAAUUCAGGAAGUAUUGGAGCCGGGCAGGUGGGAGGCGACGAGGAAAUACAGGUGACACACCGGCAUCCAGGUGUGUUAUCUCCCGACCUACCCUUGGUGACAAAGUGAAACGGGGGGAGGAAGAAGCUGGAAGCGGGAGGACAUCCUUUUUCACACCAACCUUUCCCUGUGUUUAUGGACUGCAGGUCGCCAUGUCUCCAGGAGAGGACGGUCUGAUCGGGAUCCCCUUCCCAGAGCACAGCAACGAGCUGCUCUCCCGCCUCAACGACCAGAGGAGGGCGGGGCUGCUAUGUGACCUCACGCUGACCUCCCGCGGGGAGCGCUACCCCACCCACCGCUCCGUCAUGGCGGCCGUCAGUCUCUACUUCCGCCGGCUGUUUGGCGCCGAGGAGGGGGGAGGGCAGGGCGGGGACGCGGGGGGUGGCGGAGGGGGAGGCUUCAGCGUGUGCCAGUUGGACUGCGUGGCGCCCGACGCCCUGGACGCCCUGCUGGAGUUCGCCUACACGGCCACGCUGACCAUCCGCAGCUCGGGCAUGAGGGACGUGCUGCGGGCCGCCCAGCUGCUGGGCAUCAAGUGUGUGGCCGACGCGUGCAGAGACAUCCUGGGGGAGAAGGAGGAGGUGGUGGAGGAGGAGGGGGAGGAGGACGAGGACAGGGCCGACGAGGUGGAGAGGUACUUCAAAGCGGAGAAGGAGAGGAAGCUGCUGUGGGAGCGAGAGAUGGAGAAGGUCUCCAGGAGGAAAACGGACAGAAAGAAGGUGAAGAAGAUCCGGCUGCAGAAUUACACCCUCAAACCCCAUCCUCCCACACCCCCGGUCUCGUACUCCUCCCCGCUGCACGACGGCAUCCACUCGCUGCCCUCCAGUCGGCCUCACAGCCCGGAGCAGGAGGCCCCCGCCCCAAGGGCCAGGCAGAACGGGGACUACGCAGGCGUCCCAGAGCCCGAGAGGGCCACCACGCUCAACGGCGGGCUGCACCGACCACAGGACCACCACCAACACCAGCGCGCUGUAGCCUACCCCCCCACCGCGCCACCUUCCAACGACAAGCUGUCGGAGAGCGAGGACCUCGGGGAGGACUCCGGCAUGCGGGAAAUGAUGACCCCUUCCCUGCCUGCGUCCAUGGAGGGAGGGGGGCUGCUGCCCGGGGCCGGAGGCGGGGGCAGGAAGAGGAAGUCCCAGACCCCGCAGCAGUGCCCCGUCUGUCAGAAGAUCAUCCACGGUGCUGGGAAGCUGCCCCGGCACAUGAGGACACACACCGGGGAGAAGCCCUUCCAGUGCUCGGCCUGCGGAGUCCGCUUCACCCGGAAUGAUAAAUUGAAGAUCCACAUGCGGAAGCACACAGGGGAGCGUCCUUACCCCUGCACCCACUGCCCCGCCCGCUUCCUGCACUCCUAUGACCUCAAGAACCACCUGUCCCUCCACAGCGGGGCCCGGCCCUUCGAGUGCCCGCUCUGCCACAAGGCCUUCGCCCGCGAGGACCACCUGCAGCGCCACCGCAAGGGCCACAGCUGUCUGGAGCAGCGGCCCCGCCGGCCCCGCCGCAUGCCCGGACACGCGGACCACCACCACCACCACCAUGACGACGACAACAACGGCGACGUCGGCGGAGCGGAGGGAGGGGAGCGGGAGCCGUCCAGCCCCCUGGAGCCCCCGUCCCUGCAGGGCCACGCCUCGGUCUUCCACCCCCGCGGGCCGCUGCUCCCGGGCGGGGAGGCAGAGCAGGAAAGGUAUCUGGCCCUCCAUGCACUGGCCCAGGGGCCUCACCGGCUGCAGGGCUUCCCGGAGGAGCUGCUCCUGCUGCGGGGCCAGGAGCUGAGGCGGGAGGCAGUGGGGGUCUACCCCAGAGGGGUCCACUCUCCUGCUGCUCAGCAUGGAUGGGGGGAUGAGGACGAGGAUGAAGAGGAAAUGGUGGAAGAGGAUGAGGACGGAGAGGAAUAGGGUAUUUUGUCUGUGUAGGCAGGGGUUAUCAACACAAUCUCACUCAGGUGACUGGACCUGCCUGUUAGAGCGCUUAUUUGGAAACAAACCCCAGAGCAGAUGUUUAAUCAAAAAGAAAAAAUGGAAAAAAAGUAAAACGGGUUUUCUGUGUUUUUUUUAAUGUCUGCCUUCUGGCUCUUGGUAUUUAUGUUGUUCUGUCUUUUCCAAAAAAUAUAUAUAUAAUUUCAGUUUUUCGUUUAUCGUUACAUUUUCUAUACUAUAGAUUUGAUCAGUUUAUUUCUGAGUGUGUGGCUAUCAAAGCAAUUUUCACUAUGCAAAAUCAACAACUAUAAUUGAUUUGAUAUAAAUUGUAACGUAUUGGUUCAGGUGGAAUUCCAUCUGCGUUUUUGUCCCCACUGACCUCUCGGGGCUAUGAAUGGAAAUGCGGUGAGUCUUGCUUGGUGCGUGAUUAGCAAUAAUAUUUUGUACGUUUCCAUGUCGAAUAUUGGAUUUUUCUUUCCUUUUUACCGGGUGCUGAUACCAAAGAUUUUUUUUGGACUGGAUUCCUAAAUCUUAAGUUGACAAAAGAGAGAGACAGGGCGAGAGAUGCGAGUAGUAUAGCCAACGCAGAGUUCAAAAGACCUUCUCUUAUUGUUCCGAACUCUUAUGAAAGCCAUUAAGAAAGAGCUGUUAUAUAUAGAUUUAUUUCUAUAGUUUCCUAAAGCUAAUGCGUUAUUUAGGGUGCCUGACCAAAAGAAAAAGACUUAGGUUUGUAUCACUGAAAAGUGAAUGAUUAGAAAUACAUGGCUUCUUUCCAUCAACUCUUGUAUGUUGAUAGCAAUCUUUCCUGGAUAAGAGGAUGCGUGUCAUCGAGUCUUCCAAUGCACUCCACCAUGUUUCCUAGUUUAAAAAAGAAAUAAUUUGGCGGCUCACUCCUUUACUGUAUUUAUUUAUUUAUUUAUAUUUAUUAUGACUCUUUAAGAUCAGCGGGAGGCCUGGUCGAGGGUUGUAGAUGGUGUUCCCAGCUUCCACGGUCCGCCGUACCGUCUGAUUCUAUUCUAUUUAGUCUUACAACAAAAAAAUUACUUUGUGCUUUUGGAAAUUAGGUUUUUAAAUUGUAUUUUCAUUUUUAUUUUAUUUUAUUAUUUGUCAUCCUCCAUAUACCAAAAUGUCCUUUUGGGGCUAUGUGUCUUCUGCUGGCUAUUCGUUCUCUCACGCAUUUUGUUUGCACAUUUAAUCCCUGAAGCGAUCCUGGAAUGGAGCACAUUCCAUCUUCCUUGGGGAUAGAGAAGGGACCUUAGGGCAAAGAGACAAGAGAAGUCCAGACAAAACGUAUUCUUGUUGAGCUAGAGCACGUAGAGCAACCGUCACAACCUUGCUGUGUCCGACAUCGUGAACUAUACUUUGAAUUCAACCAAUGGAGGGAGAGCCAUCGAUUCUCGACUGUUCUCGUCGUUGAGGGCCACUGCCCAGCCUAAUAAGCCAAUAAUGCUUAUGUUUUCUUUUCGUCCCCCCCUCCCCCCCCCCCCCCCCCACCAAGAUAACCAAGAGACCAGUGUCGAUUCUAUGAUUUUGCAUUAUUAUAAUCAACAUGUUUUUCUCAUUUCUCCUUUAGACCCAUGUAGCCAAACUCUGCUGUAGCAGUAGUGCUGUAAAAGGGCUUGUGUGCACUGCCCCCCCCCCCCCCUCUGUAGACAAAGGCUACGUCCUGAUUGAUUUGCACUAUGAGAUUUGAGAAGUUUUUUGGGAUAUUCCAUCAUUUGCAUUCCAUUAAACACAUGCACAAACGGUAUGUUUAAUAUUAUAAGAGACAAAGAAGAUAAAAUAUCAAUCCAGAAAUUACUGAAUAUCAACAGCUUAGUGGUACAGAGCAAUAUUUAAUAUUGAUUGUAUAUAGGGAUGAUGUUGCCUUGGAUUUUGUUUGUGUUGUUACUAUUCUCAGGUAAUCUUGAGCACUGCACUAAGUGAUCACACAAAACAAUAUGGGAAGAAAUUAUAUUUGCGCUCUAUUAACCUGCUUAAAUAGGUAGGACCGAUAGCCUCACACAUUUUGUACGAUGUAGCCUACCGUGGGUGGUUUAAAAAACGAAUGAUCUGAGGAAAUUGUGAUGGAGGGACGAUCCUCCUCGCCAUACUACUUGUGAUGGGGUCCUGUGGACGGAGACUGUCAUACAAGCGUUGGAAUCUGUGUGAAUGAACGAGGGUUAACCAGAUCCUCCAAUGUGAAAUGUGUUUUUCUAUGUGAGCUAUUUGUUUUCUUGGCUUCGGUGAAGGGAACGGGGUCUAGACUCCGCUAUCAGGGAUACCUUUUUUUUUGUUUUUCAGUUUUAGUUUUGAGCUUUUCAGAGAUGUUCAUUUUCCAUAAUGUUUCCGAUAGUGUAAAGAAACAAAUAAACAAAUCUAUAUCUUC